GUUCAAAUUUGUAACGACUGUUUUGGUCAAAAUGCAAACCGAGCCUCGUUCAAUUUCAGUCAAAUUUCUUCGCUUGAAAAGCUAGAACGAGUGUGACUGCACACACACACACACACACACAAAGGGGUCAAAAUUCUUCUCUUCCAAAGCUGUUCUGCCGUGAUGUCUUCAAGGGUGAGACGGGCCUAGCAGUAUUCACAAACAAUUCAUCAGCUCAUAUUCAAACUGCAAACAAUUCAUCAGCUCAUAUUCAAACUGGUACAACGAUUUGGAUCGAUUUCUAUUCAAAAACACAGCCAUCGAUAGUGCUAAGCCCCUGGCACUGACUGAACCGAAGGCGGUCUUCAGCAAACUGAACAAGCAAGAGCAAUCAUAGGGCACAGGGCGAAGCAAGAGUAGAGGCCGCCGCCAUGGACACUGAGACUGAGAGGAAGGCGACGGCGGUCGAGGAGAUGAGGGAGUGGUGCGUCGCUCUUCCCAAGGUGGAGCUCCACGCCCACCUCAACGGCUCCGUCCGCAACUCCACCCUCCUUGAUAAAUUUGAACAGAGAACUUGCAAAACAGCUAGGUUGUGACAAAGGAGUCAUUGUCUUUGAAGAUGUUAAGGAUGUGAUCAUGAAAAGUGAUAGGUCUCUUCCAGAGUGUUUCAAGCUUUUUGAUCUGUUUCAUAUACUUACAACUGACCAUGAUACAGUAACAAGGAUCGCUAAGGAGGUUGUGGAAGAUUUUGCUGCAGAGAAUGUUGUGUAUUUGGAAAUAAGAACAACACCUAAGAACAAUGAAGCAAAGGGGAUGACCAAGAGGUCUUACAUGGAUGCUGUUAUUAAAGGUCUGAAAGAAGUUGAAGCUGUUGAUGUUGCAUUAUUUGAUUCUAAUUUCAGAACCAAUGAAACAUUAAAUUCUAAGCUGUUGGAUGGUGACGCAAAGAAAAAGAAGAUAUAUGUUAGGCUUCUCCUUAGUAUUGAUCGUCGCGAAACAGCUUCGGCUGCAUUGGAUACCGUUAAUUUAGCUAUGGAGAUGAAGGACCAAGGUGUCAUAGGCAUUGAUCUUUCUGGCAAUCCAGUUGUGGGGGAAUGGGAAACAUACUUGCCUGCCCUACAACAUGCUAAAAAUCUGGGAAUCCCCAUUACAAUUCACUGUGGAGAGGUAGCAAACCGGAAGGAAAUCCAAGCAGUGCUGGACUUCUGCCCUCAGAGGCUGGGUCAUGUAUGCUGUCUGAAUGAUGUAGAAUGGGAGAAGCUCAAGUCUCUUAUGAUUCCGGUUGAGAUAUGUUUAACUUCAAAUGUUAUGACAGGAGGUGCUCCUUCCCUAGAGCUUCAUCACUUUGCUGACCUCUACAAUGCAAAGCACCCUCUGUCCCUGUGCACAGAUGAUUCUGGACUGUUCUCAACAAGCCUCUCAAAUGAGUAUUACCUCGUUGCAACGACUUUCGGUCUCAGCAAGUCCGAGCUGUUUCAGCUAGCCCAGGAUGCAGUGCAGUUUGUUUUUGCUGAUGAUGUGGUGAAGAAGUCUCUGAAGGAGGGGUUCAAGCAUGCUGAAAAGAGACUGCUCGUGUGGGAUGAACUUGCUGCACCGAACUAAUGCGUGUGCCCGUUAUUAGAUCAGUAUGUAUAAACCCAAUUGUAUGAUUUAUAUAUAUGGUGCAAAGAAAUGUACUGGUUGUGUAACUUCUCGUUUAUGCACCUAUGAAUAUGAAUGUGAUAUACCCUUUUUCAACAUCUUAUUAGAAGAAUCAUAGUAAUGAUGAUUAUUAACGUAAACUUUA